AUGCUUUGGACGAAAGGGGUACCAUAUUCAUCGAUAGCUCCUAGAUGGGUUCUCCCGCGCAGCUAUGCCCGAAGUGCUAGCUCGUCUGCUUCCUCCCCUAUAAGAGAUAUUAAGGACUCUAGAAUCCACGUCACUGGUUCUAAACUGUGCAACGAUGUACUUGAAAGACUAGCCCCAACUCUACCAAAAAAUAAGCCUAUCGAUAUCAUUGAUGCAUAUCCAGGUUUGGGUAUAUGGUCUUCCCAUUUCCAUGAGUAUGUGCGCCCUCGACGACAUAUAUUACUCGAGCCGAACUUUAGAACAUACGAAGCGCACCUAAAACCCUUACUCGAGUCACCAGACUCGCGGUAUGUACAUGUACCAUUGGAUCCAGCCGUGGAUAGGACAUUCUCAGAUUUAUUUAAAAAAGGAUACCUGCCUGAACAAACUGAGCGCACAGAAGGAUCCACAGACGUGAACGACACGUUGCUAGUUUUGGCCAACAUGACGCUUCUUCGCUCAGCUACAAACAUACGGGCCACAGACUCGCGAAAAUACUUUGAAUCAAUGCUUGACCAAAGCUAUUUUCACCGUUACGGCUUGGUACGGAUUAUUGCGAUAUUUCCAUCCUCUAAUCUAGACGCGGUUCUACCCAAGAGUAUAAGCAGGCGUCGGAGGACGCAGGCUUUGCUAGAAAGCGUAGCUUUAGAAGCCAAUGAAGUAGCAGGAGAUACAAGCGAGACCACGCAUUUGACUCGACGAGGUCUGCCUGUCGUUCAAAUCAGUGCUGAAAGAGCUGCAAAAAGGGUUGAAGAGGCGGCUGUAAGAGUGCCACCCGGGCGAAAGCCAGUGCCUCUUGAGCUUGCUCCAAAGCCCAUCACUGUAAAAGGGGUUAAACACUCUUAUGUGCCGCGGCCCAUUCAUGAUUGGCAUCAUGAAUACAUUAAGGCGCAUAAGGACCUGGAAAAGGAACAACAAAAAGUUGACGCGAGUAAUCCGGUACCUGCGAAAUUGAAGGGUCUAAGGAAAAAUUUUGCCGCUCUACAGAAGAGAUACUUAUACGAAAGUUCUCAAAUUCGAUCUGCGCAUGAAGCAGAUGACAGGCAGAGUGAGAUAGACGAUAUAGAAGCCGAUCUUCGAAAGGUGAUGAAAGCAGCCCUGCCAUUACCUAAUCGUCGAGAGGCAGUGAAAAUUAUCAAGAAUCUCACCCUACUAAAAGAAGAGAGGGACCUUAUCCUCUCCUCCCUAGGGAAACAAUUUAUCCGCCACCAUUACCCCUUAUUUGUGAACGAACGGCGUUGCGUCACGGGCUCGCAGUCCAGCCCAUCCGUUGACCCUCUUUUGCUCUGGGACAAGCGAGCCUAUGAACCACUUCACGUCGAGAAGAACGAGUUUUCCCCUAAAACACCAUGCUCGAUUAUAGACAUUCAGCCAAAUCCUGACUCUUUCAUCUUUCAAGCUCAGCGCGAGUUCAAGGCAGCGAAUGAAUCAUUCAAGUAUAUUUCUGUCUUAACAACGUUCCGCGCAUUGCUGAGAAUGUUUAUACCCUAUCCUAAGAAAUCGGUUGAGCAGGUUCUGCGGCUACUGUUUGCAUCCAGGCCUGUGACUGAUUUCCCGUCUGCUAUACCUUCGUUGGCAGAGUAUGCUACGCCCAAGAUUACAGUAGAUGCCAAGGAGGCGGCCUCAUGGAAACAUGUGAAGACCAAUAAUCGGAGGGGAGUGUUUGUAGGAUAUGAUGUGGACUGUUUGGCUGAAGCCACUUUACAGCGUAUUCCUAGCAAGGUGUUUUGGGAUAUUGCCAUAGAGUGGGAGAGAUGGCGCCUCGAGAAGAAUUUGCCAGAUACACUAUCGAAGUCGCUUGGCGGCGCAUUUAUCUCAGACAUGAACGAAGCCUUUGAAGCUCGACGGUGA